CGCUCUCUCUUACAGGAUCAGACGCUCUGGUCGUGUCUGGCCGGUCUGGCGAUGGCCAAUAGGGAGCUGAGCACAGCAGAAGUGGCGUAUGCAGCUAUAGGAGAGAUUGACAAGGUGCAGUACAUCAACUUCAUAAAGGACCUUCCGUCGAGAGACUCGUGUCUCGCUCACAUGCUACUCUUCAGCGGACACGUGCAGGAGGCCGAGGCCACUCUACUGCAGGCCAACCUCAAUUACCAUGCCAUCCAGAUACACAUCAGCCUCUACAACUGGGACAGGUGCGAGCCGUCGCUGACACUGUCCACUCCACGC